UGUGCCGACAUGUGGAGUGGCUUGGAACAAUGUUGCUCUGAAAUAAUUAAUAUAGUUCCAGUUUCUGUCACCCAUGCUUCAAGAUUGGAGUGGGUUAAAAAAAAUACAGUUUCUCAGCAAGCAUUUGUGAUUCUCCUUCAACUUUGGCAGCAAGCCAUGUAAAUUGCCUGCCAAAAGAAGUACGAAAGACUUGACAGAUGUAAGUACAAUUGAACAUGAUCACUGCUCUAAGCCAGAUUCUGUGGUACAGACUCAUUAUCAAGGUAAAUAUACAUUUCUGUCAGACACUUUGAGUUCAUGCCUUACACAAUUAGAAGUAAAAAAGUCAAUUAACAGAAAGGGAAUCUAAAAUGUAUCAAAUUCACUGCAGCACAAAGUGAUGUUAACAUCCCCCAAUGCCCUAAAUGUUGGGAAGCACUGUUGUCUGAUGAGUUGACCUCAUUACAGUUGUAUGUUCAUUUCGAAACAGGUCUGACACAACUGCUUAAAAAUUUUCAACCUUGCAAUUUUCAUGAUCA